AUGAGGGCCGCGUUCGGCGUCGUCACCGACAUAGGCUGGAUGCAGUCGAUAAGCCUGGCGCCUGGCAAGCUCGGCCGACGAUGGGUGGUCAUGGAGCCGGCCUCUGCGGAAUCAUACCGAGGCGCACUGUCCCACGAGGUGGUGAAGCCACAGAGGAUCGGUGCGAUUUGGUAUCCUGAACCGCCCGGCCCUGUCGACGAAGGGGGAAAUGGGAAAGGGUCCCAGGCCAUCGUGGCGCUGUACUUCCACGGUGGAUCUUUCAUGUGGAUGACGGGCCGUCCGGAGGACAGUAAAUUUGGGGCGGAUCUCCUGAACACCUGCUUGGGGCCGGGGGCGCGCUCCUUGUGGAUGCAAUACCGACUCUCGGGCGACAAGAAUGACCCGACGCCGUGGCCAGGGCCGUUCCAGGAUGCCCUGACGUCGUACCUGCAUCUCGUCGACGAGCUGCACAUUCCUCCACACCGCAUCGUGGUGGGAGGGGACUCUUCGGGUGGCACCCUGGCCAUCGGCCUCGUGCGCUACCUCGUGGACCUGGGCCGAGCCACCCCCAAGGCGUGCCUGUUGUUCUCACCCUCGGUCGACACCACGUUCGAAGCCGACUCGCGGGCGGUCGAUGGCCACCGGAACCAAAAGACCGACUACAUAGAAGGACGCAUGACCGCCUGGGGCUACCGGGUCUUUGCACCCCCGCCCCUACUUCUUGAUGGUCCCUAUCUAUCUCCGAGCUUGCAUCCGUUUGCUACCCAGACGCCGCUCUUCGUGCAGUCGGGCGGUGCCGAACUCAUCCUCGACACCAACGUCGAAUUCGUCGAGAGGUUCAAGCGCGUACCUGGCAACCAGGUCACCCACUGGGUGCUUCCGGACGCGCCCCACGAUGUCUUCCUAGCCGGUCCUCUGCUGGGGUGGACCAAAGGAGCCGAGAGCAUCGGGGAUGCUCUGGUGGCUUUCCUUGCACAGUUGUAG